UAAACAUCCAAAGAGCCAUGACUCUUCAAAAUGCCAUUUCCAGAUACCAUUCCUCCGGCCGCAGAGGUAACUUUACAAAGCUAUGUCGAUCACAUUGAAAUAUUACUGCAGGCCUAUAUAUAUUAUUUCUGCUGGCGUUAUCCUGUCACUUUUGGACAUCAUCUCAGUGUUACUUCGGGUUUGGACUCGGAAAAAGCAGCGGCAACGUUUACUAGCUGACGAUUGGCUUAUGAUACCUGCUUCGCUGCUCACAACCAUAAUUGGUGGCUGUUUAGUUUACGGUGUCUCGCAAGAGGCCUUCGGAUACCCUACGAAGAUCGAUCAAAACUUGACUGGGAACCCCCUUGAAAUUAGUAGCGAGCAGCUUUCCACGGCCUUCAAGAUCGAGUUUCUUGUCAUUUGCAUGAUUCCGCUAACCUUGGGAUGUACUAAGGCAUCCUUCCUACUGUUUUAUAGGAGAAUAUUCUCGAUCGAUCAAACAGUCGAUAGGUUCCUUAUCUGGUUUAUUGUGUUGGUAAGCCUAUGGACGGUAGGGUUUUUGUUCACGACGGUGUUCGAGUGCGGCCUAGACUUCUGGGUCCUUUGGGGCACCAAUUCGAGCGCUAAGAACAUAACAUCACACUGUGUAAACACCCAGUAUAUGUCUCUUAUAUUCGGAGUGACAGACUUCAUCACGGACGUUGUUAUAAUUGGUAUCCCUAUUCCCUUAAUUUGGCGUUUGAGCUUGUCAGUGAGCAAGAAGAUCGCAAUUAUUAGUGUAUUCCUCUUAGGGGGGGUGACAAUUGGAGCAUCGUUGGCACGCCUCCUUGUGAUAACUAGGGAUGUUCACGCAGACGUGACAUAUAAUCCUUACGAAGAUCAAAUUUUGGUGAUAACGGAGUAUCUCUACUGGGGGAUGAUUGAAUGCAGCAUUGGGGUAUUCGCCGCCUGCUUGCCAACUUUACGGUACUUGGUUCAUAAAUUGUCAAUACGAACGGUCAUCGACAGCACCAGGAGCCUAUUCGGCUCGUUUCCAUCAGCGCUGCAUUACGGUAACAACAGCCAGGAAAAUAUUUAUGCGAAUCAUUCAGGUAAUAGCUCCAGCUAUACAAAAACACAAAACAGGCAGAGAUUUGCCAACUUACGUACCUAUACACGGGCAAAUGAUGCUUCAGGGGUAACACCCUUACCUAGAACCGAGAGUCAUCCUUUGAGAUAUUAUCAAAAGGGGGAAAUAUAAAUAAAUCAUCUUUUUAUUAUGACAUGGAAACGGGUAAUGGUAAUAUUUAAUGACUCAAUACCAAAGAAUUCUUUGUUAUUGAGUCCGAAAGAGAGGGAGGAGGGGGUAGGCCGGGUAGGCUUAUUAGAAAAUACCAGUUAAAUACAUAAAUAAUAAAUAUUCUUAUAGGAG